AUGGGGACGAAAGGGAUAUCGGUCGAGUACUUGGCAACCGGUGCUAACAGGCAGACGGCUGUCUCAGACUGGGGAAAGAGAGGAAUCGUAGCCUUUGGUGCCGAUAUCAACAUAGCCCUAUGGCGACCUCAAGCCCAGACGCCUAGAGGUGUUACAAAACUGCUAAGUGGACAUAAGGAGCUUGUCAAAGCGGUUUCUUUCUUACCUGAGCGGGAUGAUGAUGAGACAACAUAUCUUGUUUCAGGUUCAGAUGAUAAGUCGCUCAUUUUAUGGAAGGCAGCAGCCGGUUCUGAAGACUUUAAGAUCAUCCAGACUUCUUCCGGGCAUGCUGGUCCUAUAAACUGCAUAGCAGCACACAGGGUUGCAGGCUUCGCAAGUAAAUGGGUCAUUGCAACAGGUAGCGCGGACGCUACCAUCAAGGUCUGGGUCUUUCAGGAUGAAAGCCUUCAGCUGAUUCAAUCCAUCCAAACAAAGCCCAAGUUCUUCCCUCUAUCACUCGCACUGUCUACUCUUGGUCGAGAUGGAGACGUGUUGGUGUUGGCCGCCGCUGGAACGCGUGAUACUAUCCAAAUUCAUACUGCUGGUUUGAGUGGCGAGGCCCCUGCAUUUGAACUUGAAGCAACACUUACAGGUCAUGACAGCUGGAUUCGGUGGCUCUCUUUCACAAGAGAAACCAAAGAUGCUGGCAGUGAUUUGCUGCUUGCGUCAGCGAGCCAGGACAAGUAUAUUCGGAUCUGGAGAGUCCACGAAGGAGAAGAACUUCCGGCCCUGGCAGCCAAGGGUUCCGACCCGCUGAAUGGUGCCUACCUCCCCGGAAAAUCGCCAUCUAAUAAGGCUUAUAAGCUCAAGGCUGGAGGGAAACAAUUCUCUGUCACGUUUGAAGCUCUUCUCCUCGGCCACGAAGACUGGAUAUAUAGUGCAAAGUGGAACCAUGCCAAUGAUAGGCUGCAGCUUCUUACCACUUCAGCAGAUAACUCCUUGGCCAUCUGGGAGCCAGACCCAAGCUCUGGAAUCUGGAUAAGUGUCGUGAGGCUCGGUGAAAUAAGCAGGGAGAAGGGUGCGACGACAGCAACGGGGAGCACUGGCGGGUUUUGGACAGGAAUCUGGUCUCCGGAUGGGCUCUCCGUUGCCUGUCUCGGUAGGACUGGUAGCUGGAGGAGGUGGCAAUACAUACCAUCUGAAGAUGCCUGGAGGCCCUGCAUCUCAAUCUCCGGGCACACAAAGGCAGUUUCUGGUGUUUCUUGGUCCAAGAGCGGCGAAUACCUACUCUCAGCCAGUCUUGAUCAGACAACGAGAUUGCAUACUCAGUGGAAAGCCGGGGGAUCCAAUACAUGGCAUGAGAUGUCGCGACCUCAGAUUCACGGAUAUGAUCUCAACUGUAUCGACUCAUUGGGGACAUCUCAAUUUGUCUCAGGGGCCGACGAAAAAUUAAUGAGAGUCUUUAGCGAACCCAAGGCUGUGGCUUCGAUGCUGAACCGGCUCGGUGGCCUUGGCCAGGAGGGAUUAGAAAAUAUGCCAGAUGCAGCCAAUAUGCCCGUUUUGGGCCUGUCGAAUAAGGCUAUUGACGCAAUGGACGACGACCAAGAAAUCGAACCAGUUGAUGACCGUGAUCGCGAGGCUAUGGACCCAGCGUCUAUAGUGAAAAAGUCCUAUCUCGAAAUCGAUCACCCGCCAUACGAAGAGACUCUCUCUCGCCACACACUCUGGCCAGAGACCGAAAAGCUCUACGGUCAUGGUUAUGAAAUAUCAUGCCUCACUACGAGUCAUGAUGGUAAGCUUAUCGCAAGCGCAUGCAAGGCAAGCUCGACAAACCAUGCCGUGAUUCGUCUCUUUGAGACAGAGCGCUGGACAGAAAUAAGACCGCCACUCACGGCACAUUCUUUGACAGCAACUCGACUUCGAUUUUCAGCUGAUGACAAGUACCUCCUCAGUGUCGGUCGAGAUCGGCAAUGGGCUGUUUUCGCGCGGGAUUCCCAGGAUAUUCUCCAGUAUCAACUCGUUCAGUCCAACCCGAAAGGCCACACGAGGAUGAUUCUUGACGCUGCGUGGAUGCCUUCCGAGAAACCAAUUUUCGCCACCGCUGGCCGAGACAAACAAGUCCGGAUCUGGGCUGGCACCGAGAAUGAGAGUGGGCAGAUGCAGUUCUCUCAAACAAAAUCGAUCCCGAGCGACUCUCCGGUCACCUCUAUAGACUUCAUGCCGCACCCGGUGGAUGGAAAAUACGUCCUGGCUGUAGGCACAGAAGCCGGUCGUCUAGACUUGUAUGUCCUGACUGAAGACUCUAAGGUAACACAGAUACCUCACUCCACAGAUUUCGAUCUACCGAAAGCCGUCCUUCAACUCGCUUGGCAGCCUGCCACCAAAGAGGACAACGGAGGAACAUAUAAACUGGCGAUUGCUGGAGACGAUAGCUCGUUAAGACUGUACGCGGUCGACAAGGAAUUCCUGCGCUCUGUGGGCUCAUAG